AUGCGGGGGGGGCGAUGCCCGGGGCCAGGGACGCGCCUCUGUCACCAGGCGCUGCAGCUGCUGGCCGAGCUCUGUGCCCGAGGGGCCCUGGAGCACGACAGCUGCCAAGAUUUCAUCUACCACCUGCGGGACCGUGCUAGACCCCGGCUCCGAGACCCAGAUAUCUCUGUGAGCCUGCUAACCCUUGUGGUUACCGCCUGUGGUCUUGCCCUCUUUGGUGUCUCUCUCUUCGUGUCUUGGAAACUGUGCUGGGUUCCAUGGCGAGAGCGAGGCCUGUUCUCUGGUGGCAAAGACAACAACCAAGAGCCUCUUAACUACACAGACACAGAGACCAAUGAGCAGGAGAACAGCGAGGACUUCCUAGACCCACCCACACCCUGUCCUGACUCCUCCAUGAAGAUCAGCCACACUUCCCCCGACAUUCCCCUUUCCACCCAGCCAGGUGACCAGGAGAACUGUGCCCAUGCCAUCCGUGUUCAGCGACAAGUCACAGAGCCAACGCCAUCAGCUCGGCACAACUCAAUCCGAAGACAACUCAACCUGUCGAACCCGGACUUUAAUAUCCAGCAGCUUCAGAGGCAAGAGCAGUUGACUGGGAUUGGUAGAAUUAAACCAGAAUUGUAUAAGCAGAGGUCACUGGACAAUGACGACGGGAGGAGGAGUAACAGCAAAGCUUGUGGGAAACUGAACUUCAUUUUAAAAUAUGACUGUGACUUGGAACAGCUUAUCGUGAAGAUACACAAAGCCGUCAAUCUGCCUGCCAAGGACUUCUCUGGGACUUCAGAUCCUUAUGUCAAGAUCUACUUGCUUCCUGAUCGGAAAACAAAACACCAGACUAAAGUUCACAGGAAGACCCUGAACCCUGUAUUUGAUGAGGUGUUUUUAUUUCCUGUUCCUUACAAUGACCUUGAAGCACGGAAACUUCACUUCUCUGUGUAUGACUUUGAUAGGUUCUCUCGCCAUGACUUGAUUGGUCAAGUGGUGGUGGACCACUUCUUCGACUUGGCUGAUUUCCCCAGGGAGUGCAUCCUUUGGAAGGAUAUCGAGUAUGUCACUAACGACAAUGUGGAUCUGGGGGAGCUUAUGUUCUCACUCUGCUAUCUUCCAACGGCUGGCAGGCUGACCAUCACCGUGAUCAAAGCAAGGAACUUAAAGGCAAUGGACAUAACGGGAGCAUCAGAUCCAUACGUGAAAGUCUCACUGAUGUGUGACGGCCGGCGACUGAAGAAAAGGAAAACGUCGACCAAGAGGAACACGCUUAAUCCCGUUUACAAUGAAGCCAUAGUCUUUGAUGUCCCUCCUGAAAGCAUCGACCAGAUUCACUUGUCCAUAGCUGUCAUGGACUAUGACCGUGUAGGUCAUAAUGAGGUCAUUGGCGUGUGUCAAGUAGGCAACGAAGCUGAGCGGCUGGGCAGAGAGCACUGGAGUGAGAUGCUGUCAUAUCCUCGGAAGCCCAUUGCACACUGGCACUCUCUGAUGGAGAAACGAUGACUGGAUAAGAAGACUGCUUGUGCCAAGGACACAGUUGGACAACUAUGUAACAAAGAUCUUAAGUAACUUUUCCCACCUAGUGACA